AUGGGAGACCGUCCUCAAUACUUUGAGAAUACCUUGACCCCGCUAUCGAUCAAUGCGGUCACUCUGACUGACAGCCUCCGAGAGCUGCGUACCGCUGUUCGCAAAGGUGCCGAGUUGAUACAUCAGAACACUUCCCUCCCUGAUACAUGGGGUUCGAACGGCCUAUUCAGGGCCUUCCCAGGCAUUGCUCUGGCAUUUCUACGUCUAGACUAUCAAUCUUCGGUGCUAGAAGAUAGUACGGCUGCUUCUCCUGACUACCGCCGCUAUGCACUACAACGCAUACCGUCAAGCCUCCCAGACGCUCCUCUACUGGCUUCCCGACUGUCUCCCAUUGGGUCGUCAUCGCCCAUGACUGCUGUUACUUUGCGCAUUUUGGCUACACUUGCAAAGCAGGAUUGGCAAAGUGGCUCCAAUGUCGGUGUUGUAGGCGAGGAUAUUUCUUGUCUCCACGAUGCCGUGCAAUUAGCACUGAAGAACGAGCCUAUUGUGCCCCAUGACGGCCGUAAGAUGGGUGGGGAUGAGAUGCUUUUUGGCCGAGCAGGACUGCUUUGGACUCUACUGAACAUUCGUGCUCACCAGUUUGAUCAAAGAACCCAACAUGCCCUCUCACCUGUGUUAGAGGCCAUUCCGGAGCUCAUUCGGGUCAUUGUUGAUGCCGGGCAACAAGGGUCUAGGGCAUACAUCGAGAAGAACGGAGAAGAAAAUGCACAUCCGCUGAUGUACGUGUGGAUGGAAGGUUAUUUUGGUUUUGGGGCGGUACAUGGAAUUACUGGUAUCCUUACUAUUCUACUCUCGUCUAAGCCUGAAGAGCUCACUGGCUACCUCCCUUUGAUUGGCGGUACUAUCACAGCACUCUGCAAGCUGUCUGUUGCAGCCAAUGGACAUCUCCCAAUGACAUUACCUCCGUAUAGCUUUGGGGGGAGCUCAGAAUUAGUCCAGUUGUGUCAUGGAAGUCCAGGCCUGUUGAUCCUUCUGGGGACUGCAUUGAAGAAUGAACAGUUGGCCAGUGCCCAUUGGGAUCCUAUCUGGGACGAAGCCAUAUACCUGGGCACUGAGCGUGUCUGGGAGGAAGGUCUACUCUCCAAGGGAGGCAGCCUGUGUCACGGCGUAGCCGGCAAUGCAUGGGCAUGGCUUCUCCUCCAUGAUUGCUUCGAGUACCACGCAGCAACCUUAAACGAGGCACGGACAAGCUAUGUCGAGCGCAAUCAAUUAUCAGCCCUUCCAAAAGCAGAUGUGAGCCAGAAGCUCACAGGUGACUUCUUCCUCUCGAAAGCCCUCGCUUUCAUGUUGCAGGCACGCGAGACAAAGCCCUACAAUACCUCGUCUACAGCUUCCGGCAGAGAUUAUCGCAUGCCCGAUGAGCCCUACUCUUUGUUUGAAGGUCUCGCAGGCAAUUUGUGUGCUUGGGCUGAUACCUGCGCUAUACUUCAGGCCAGGCUACGCAGAAUGGACCUUGUUAGACAGGGCAUGUCCACAUCCAGUUUGUCAAAUGACCCGUUAUUCCAGGAUGCUUUGCAUAGGCAACUGGGCUUUCCGGCUCUAGGUGGAAAUGGCGCAACUGGGAUCUACUAA